AUGGACAACUGGGUUCUACAGUUUCCUAUUGUUGAGUCCUCCGACUGGGUUCUGCUUAAGGUAUCGCGCAAGGUCGGAGGCGAGCAGUUAGAUCUUGAUUUAAUCGCAACUGAUGGAGAAUCAGCUUAUCGCGCUAAAGUCAGAGAGAAAAAGAUAGAUAGGCUCAAAGACGAGCACUAUACUGGUUCGUGUGAACAGUGGAAGGCUGAGUUACUUAGUGCACUCGUUCCCCAAGCGUCGAAUUCACUGGCAGCCGAAGAUCGCAAUAUCUUGAGAACCACAUGCAGAAUACUCGCUCGAGGCUCCAAAUCAAGCCUGGCCAUCACUCUAUCGACAGAUGUCUCAGGCAUCAAGCACACUCAUGGCACCAUCAAACUUGAUUACACUGAAGAUACCGAAGACGUAAACCUCUUCGAGUGGACCAGCCAGGCUAUCACUGAUCGCGAUUCGCUCCGAGAUCAAACGACCGAGCAUCAGAAGUGCCUUCAGACUGCCGAACAAAAGGUCAAAUCACUACAGACACAAUUACAGGAUCUGAUUAGGGCCAAAGAAGAGCACGAGCGACAAUUAUUAUCCAAGUUCACUUUACUCCUCAACGAGAAGAAAUUACGCAUACGUGUGCAGCAGCGUCAGCUUGCUGAGCAAGAGGCAACAGGCACCACCGUAGCUCGCACUGAUGCUUCCCACAGCUCACGAAAACGGAAAGCUACGACAGCACAAGGCUUACAGGAGCCUGAUUCAGAAUCUGAUGCUUUCGAGCCAAUGGAUACCGAUGCACAGGAGAGGCAGUCUUCAGAAGAACAGUCUGUUCAGGCCCGUAGGUCAGAAUCAGAGGCUGAAACAGAGAGUGAUGACGAUGUGCCACUAGGCAGUCCUCCUAGAACGAACAAGAUUCCUGGAGAACGGUUUGAUAUUCCUCCGCCAAGAGACCUGCCAUUUGAAUUACGAGCUAAGGAAACAGCCACUGCAGCACCAACCAACCCUGAUCGAAAGAACAGUGAUGAUCAGGAAGCCGACGAUGAAACUGCGUCAGAGGACGACGAGCUCUAG